CAUUGUGCCCCCUCCCGCCUAUCCCGCCGCCGGCCGAGAUAUUUGAUUAGACAACCCACCAUACAGUCCGAUACGGGUUGGCUUGCCAGCUGAUUGUCCUCUUUCUUUCAUAAGACUCGUCCCCCGAAAGAUUCACUCCGCUUGUUGUUGUCUUUAAUACUCUCAUUCGCAAAUUUCUGGCGCUUUGCUUCUCCUUUCCUAAUGCACAAAACGAGCAGGAUGCACUUUCUACCUAUCAGGCCGACCUCCAAGAGGGACCUGUGCAUCGUCGCAGCAAUCUUUGUCACGGUUGUAUUAGUCCUGCAUAAUCCAUUUCCUGACCACAUUAUUCGGCCGGGAGGCAGAGGUCCCAAAGCCUCAUCAGCAGGUUUGAUAGGCGCGAUCCAAAACAGCACAUUAGGCUUUGAAAAGAUUUACGUCGUCGGCCUUCCAAGCCGAACAGACCGCAGAGAUAGCAUGAUACUUCAGGCCGCGCUGAGUGAGAUUGACAUCAACUUUGUUGACGGUGUGCCUGGCAACACCGUUGCGGAUAAAGCGAUACCAAAGACAAGCGAGCAUGGUCGCUUGCAUGAUGGCGCCAUAGGCUGCUGGCGCGGCCACAUGACUGCGCUCGAGGAAAUCGUUCGUCACAACCUAUCUUCAGCUCUCAUCCUCGAAGACGAUGUCGACUGGGAUAUUAGAAUCAGGCAACAGUUGCAUGAUUUUGCUCUCUCGGCUCAGACCCUUACUCAACCCCUUCCUGAUGGACCUCCAGCCUACGCGGACCCAACAUACCCGAGGCCAGUUGAGAACUCGCCAGAGGUCGUCCCGGAUAUUCCUUUUGAUUUUCUACCAGCUACUGUAGCACCUAAAACAUCACCGUACGGAGACGACUGGGAUCUGCUUUGGAUCGGCCACUAUGGAAUGCACUUCCCUUUCCGAGAUAAUAAGAGUAUACCGAAAGCCCGCAUCAUUCGCUCCAACGACGUAACAGUCGCUCCCAAGAAGAACUUAUGGACAUUCAACAUCCCGUUCACUCUGAAAGAGACAUACCCAGAGCACACGCGGGCAUAUCACCAUGCCCAGGAGGGUGUCUGCACGCUAGGCUACGCGGUUAGCCAAAGGGGAGCAAGGAAACUCCUACACGAGGUGGCUUUGAAGGAUGUCAGUGAUGCGUACGACAUCCUCUUGAGGUUCUUUUGCGAGGGCGCUAAGGGGCGAAAACCACACAACUGCUUGACGACGCAGCCGGCUUUGUUCCACCAUCACCGACCUGCUGGCCCCAACAGUGCGAUGAGCGAUAUUGGGAAUCAUGGUGACGGUUUCAGAGAUGUCAGUAUGACGGAUAUGGUAAGAUGGAGUGUGCGUCUGAAUGCCGAUGCGCUUCUCGAAGGAAGGACGGAUUUCGUUGACCAGUACCCUGAUGAUAAAUGAGUUAAGAUACUAGAGUCUUUGAUGCUAAUUGGCUAGACUAUGAUCAUAGUAUGCUUUUCCAAGAUAGAUGUAUGAUUGAAAAGGCAGUUACCAAUGUCUUUUGUUCCCUAAAGUCUAAGUCAAGAUGUCUCCAUGUAGGCGCAGGCUGAUCGCACGCGUAUAGGCCCCACGGAAUUAAG